AUGUCAGGUCGCAAAGAUGGGGCUGAUUCCUCCAGCGACUCUGCGGCGGAAGACAGAAAGAGGUCAAGAGAAGAGCUCGUGGCCCUGAGGACGCAAGUUAGCUCGCUGGCGGAUCAGAUGAGCCAGAUAAUUUCGCUAGUGGAAGAUACCAUGAAGGCAAGCAAGAAGGAGGAGCCAGCUGGCACCAUGGAGGAUGCCGCUGAUCGCGGCGAUGCUAGGGAGNACCGGAGCGAGCAAGUACAGCUCGCAUUCCACGCGUGGAACUUCCUGUCUCACGCGUUGAAAGAAAAAGAUCGGAAAAUCAUGAAGAGGGCAGAGACGCCCCAGGGAGCUCCUCGGGGAAGGAAAAGGGGCGAAGGGCGCAGAGCAAGCGAACUGAACAAGGCCAGGGGGUGUGGUACCGUUGGUGAACUAGGUCUAGUGGGCGUUGUGGAACAAGGCCAGGCGGUGUACGUGGCCGACACAGCGGCCGCGUGCGCCAUGUUCCGAUGCGCAGACAACUUCGUGAACUACCGUGAGCGUAGCGGUUGGGUGAAGGGGAUCGGAGGCGACAAGGCCCCCAUUCCUCUUCUAGGAUACGGAGAUGUGACCUUAGUCCUACAGACGGAAGAUGGCGGAGUACCUGUACCGGUACUGAAUGCUGCCCAUGUACCAGAGGCCCCCUACAAACUCCUCUCGCAGUCUUCGUUGGCGGAGGAGGGCCACACGUAUUCGGGGAUGAAGGGGGGCCCCACGCUGACCACGAAAGCCGGGGGGGACGUGUGGUUCCCCCGGACUGAAAAGCUGCUGACCCAACGAGGCUAUCAAAUAAAGCCAACGCUACACACUGUCUGUGCCGCACUCAUUGUUCCUGGCGAUGCGAAAGCAGCCAACCCCACUNCUAGGUCUAGUGGGCGUUGUGGAACAAGGCCAGGCGGUGGGAUCGGAGGCGACAAGGCCCCCAUUCCUCUUCUAGGAUACGGAGAUGUGACCUUAGUCCUACAGACGGAAGAUGGCGGAGUACCUGUACCGGUACUGAAUGCUGCCCAUGUACCAGAGGCCCCCUACAAACUCCUCUCGCAGUCUUCGUUGGCGGAGGAGGGCCACACGUAUUCGGGGAUGAAGGGGGGCAUCACGCUGACCACGAAAGCCGGGGGGGAGGUGUGGUUCCCUCGGACUGGAAAGCUGCUGACCCAACGAGGCUAUCAAAUAAAGCCAACGCUACACACCGCCUGUGCCGCACUCAUUGUUCCUGGCGAUGCGAAAGCAGCCAACCCCACUGACCUCAACGAGUACCACCUCGCGCACGGCCAUGCCCACGAGACAUUGCUCAGGAUCACGGCGGAGCAGCAGGGAGUGCAGCUGACGGAUGGACCGCUGCUACCCUGUCUUGGCUGUUCGAUGUCCAAGGGACAGGUGAAACCCGUCCAGAAGAGCACGAGCAGUCGCGCAGUUACGAAGAUAUUUCGCGUGUAUCUCGACUUGGGGGGAAAGAUGAAAACCAGGAGCAUUGGUGGCAACUGGUACACACUGAUCAUCAGAGACGAUUUCUCCCGUUGGACGCGUGUUUUCUUCUUGAAACACAAGUCUGACGCAGCGGUUGGGUUUGAGAAGUUCCUGGCGGACUACCGAACGGAAGGUGUCCCGUGUAAGGUAUAUAUCGCACGUACCGACGGUGGCGGCGAGUUCCAGGGGCAGUUUGCGGAAGUUUGCCGCAGACACGGCAUCAAACAAGAGUUGACCCCCCCUCACACCCCAAUAUACAAGGAUGUAGCGGAGAGAGCGCUAGGGUUGAUCACUGAUGCCGCGCUUGCGUCACGCAUCCAAGCGACGCAACUGUUCCCCGACGCACCGAACCACCCCGGGUUGUGGGCCGAGGCCAUUUCGUGUGCAUGCCAUCAGCUGAAGUGCAUUGCCACUAAAUCAAACGAGGGAGACAAAUCCGCGUACGAGACGUUCCACAACUCCCCACCGCCUGUCGGGUCUACAUACCCGUUUCUCAAACCAGCCGUGUUUGCGUGCUCUGCCGCAAUAUAUAUUCUUCGUAGCUUUAUCCCUUCAAGCGCUGUCAUCGAGAUGUCGAUGUUCCGUCUCGUGACCGUUCGCAUUCUUCAUCUCAAUGAUGAUGUGGGGGAUUGA